UUUACUAUUUGGCGGGAAGCGUUCGUAUGCCGCGGGGGAACGAAGACGAACAGGGUCCAAUAAAUCCCCAGGGAGAGGAAUUAAAACUCCCUCCUGUCGGUGAGAGAAACUGUCCGAAACGUGAUGGAUUAGAAUUCAUUCUAUCAUCCAACUCAACUGUGAGCAAUGCUGUGAAAAAUCUACUAACACACAAAAUAACUUGGAUCAACAGCUUCUUUCGUCUGAUAAAUCUCUGAACCUUUAUAUGAAGACAUGUGGUAAAGAUGGAAAUCCCAGGAAGAACAGAUGGAAAAAUACUUUGUGGGCAAAAAACAGACUUGAACUUGUUGCUUGAAUGUCUGAAAUAUCAAAUGGACAGCCCUGCGACUCAGAAACAAGCUCUGAUCACCAUCCAUUCCAUAUGUCAACAGAACAGUGAAGCAUGUGAUUACUUCCGUGAGAUUGGAGGCGUACAGUUUGUUAAUGGACUUAUAAAACUGAGUGAUGCUCCUAUCCUUCGGGAGGCAGCCUUGUUCACUUUAGGAGCUUUAGCUGAAAGCAGUGUGUACUGCCAACAGAGUUUGUGCACUGCAGAACUGUUGUCUGAUGUCGCCUUGUCACUUGCUCAGGAAGAUGCUUCAUUGGUUCUGAAGAGGAUGAAUGUCUACAUGAUCCUGGUGUUGGUGUCACACAACAAAGAGAACCAGAGACUGUGUGCACCAGCUUUUCCGUUUGCAAAAGACUGCCUGCAGAAAUGCAUCAGACAUGAAGUGAUCCGGCCCAUUUGUGCAUUUAUUGGACUGGCUGUUGCUAGCAACUCAUACGUGCAGGACUACUUUUGCAAAGUUGGAGGUCUGGAUGCUGUGGCACAGACUCUUGUGAGGUUGGUGGAUGAAUCCGUAAGGCAUCAUUCCAGCUCAGAGCUGGCAAUAUCUGUAGUUAAGACACUGAAUUCCUGCAUCUCAGAAAAUCCUCCUGUGGUUUCCCGCUUAUCGGAAUAUUUUAUCGUACCCAAGCUUGUAGCACUGUUGUUACAGAAUGAUCUUGACAUAAGCAGUAAAUUGGGCAUUAUUCUUGCUAUUGGCCACUGUACUGAUGGAUGUGAGGCACAUCAGUAUCAGCUACUUCAAAGCAAUGGGCUUCCACUUAUGAUCCAAAUAGUAGCUGAAUCCCAGGAUGAGGAGCAAAGGAAAGCAGCUACUUUUGUUCUACAGAGUUGCCAAUUAAUAACUGAGAAACUAUCGAAGAGUCUGACGGAGAGUGUUCAACCAAGCGAAGACACAGUUACUACGUAUGGCAUUGAUUAUUCCCAAAACAACAGCCUGAAAAAUUACUGGAAAUUUGCAGAACGAUUUCUAAGUAGGAUAAAGACAUUAGAAAAACAGCAAGAAGAGUCCUGUGAGCCACUGCUGAAACAGAUGCCGAAACAGAGGGAAGAUGAUCGGCUGAAACAUUGCAGCGAACAGCAUUCCUUGGAUAAUAUAAAAAUGGAUAAAUGGACUGGUGAAACAAGACAGGCAAAAAAUCAGAAUAUUACCCCAGAGAAAAGAAAAUUCGAUUUAACUCAUAGAGCAGUUGAACACAGAGAGGAGGAUUCUGUUAUUUCUGCAAUUAAUCCAUCAUAUUCAAGAAAUAAAGAAAAUAAAAGGCACUACAGAGAUCAGCAGCUAAUGGAAAAAGUAAAACGACAAAUAUUUGUAGAAGACAAUGUACCAGAUGAAGUAAAUAAAUCCAAUAGCAAUGCAGCUCAAUUUGGGAAUGUUGACGCAUUGAGUUCUGAUGCUAAAGCAAAGAAUAUGAAUAGUCAGCAACAUGAUCUGCCCAUUGGCAUUUCCAUCAAUGUUGGCCAAAACAUAUGCCCUGACACACAGAACAGAAAUAGGGUUUUAGAAACCAACCAACAACAUGGUGCGAAAUUCUGGCCUGUGCAACGUGAAAAGCCAUCUUACCAGCCAAGAAAUGUACCUGAAGCUGAAUUUCCAAGACCAAGUACAUCAACGAAAGAGCAGAGAGCAAGUGACAAGCAAGACUUUAAAAAAAGCCAUAGAGUCAUAGAUAACAUAUUCAAAAGACCUGCUCCAAAUAGCAGAAAGAAAAACAAACAGAAUUACAAAGAUUCACUUAUUCUGUGUUCAGAUUUAAUUGAAACUGAAAUCAAUAGCUCUCUUACCAGUCCUGCACCAUCACUUAAUGCAGGUCAAGAUUUCCGAUGUUCAGAGAAUCUUCUGACUCCAAUCAAGAAAGCUACGUCUUACAUGACAAAUUUCCACACACAGCGCACAGAUUUUCUAAUCAUACCUAAACCGUCCACGAAAGAUUUUCACACAAAAAAGAUUCUUUUGACUCCAAUCCAAAAAACGGCAUCUCAGAUGAUGAAUUACCGCAGACAACAAACAGAUUUUAUAACUUGGCCUAAAUCAUCUACAAAAGAUAUUCAUGUAAAACGAUUUCUUUUGACACCACUGAAGAAAUCCGCAUCCGUUGGGGCAGCUUUCCGCCUGCGAAAAGAUGAUACAAUACAAUUUAAACCAACUAUGGGACAAGGUCAGAAAUACCAGUCAGACUGCAGAGGAGAUUUGUGUAGGCCGCAACUCUGCAAUCAAAUUACACUUCAAGAUUGCACUUAUGCUUUUGAUGAUAACGAGCAUUCAGACAUUUGUGAAUACAUAUUGAGAAGGAGAAAAAAGAAAAGGAGAAAGCGUAAAAAUUUCACAGAAAAGGAAGUUAACUUCCUGCUGGAUGGAGUGAAGAAAAUGGGAUAUCAUUGGAACUCUAUACUUUGGUCCUACCCAUUCCAGAAAGGAAGGACCAAUAUCGACCUGUCACGCAAGUAUCGGACAUUGCGGAAAAGAAACUCCAAGACCUAUAAAGACUCAAAGGAAUGAAAGCACUGGAGAAACUCUGCAGGUCUAAUAGAGAGAAACCAUUUACGCCAAGUCUGCUCUGAGAGUUAAGACCAUAAGACAUAGGAGUGGAAGUAAUGCCAUUUGGCCCAUCAAGUCCACUCUGCCAUUUAAAUCAUGGCUGAUGGGCCUUUCGACUCCACUUUCCUGCACUCUCCCUGGUAAGACCAUAAGACAUAGGAGUUCUUCAGGACCCUGAGUUUCUCCAGCAUUCUGUUUAUGUUUCAGAUUUCCAGCAUCUGAAAUAUUUUGCUUUAAUGAAGUCUUGGUAAGAUUUAACUAUACAGAUUGUAAAAUGACAAAAAACCUUGCUUCUAAAUUGUUUCAUUCUAAAAUGAAAUCAGGAACACAGCAGAGUUAAGUAUCUUAAGUAUCACUGUCAGUACUCCAGACUUGAAAUGUGUCACAUUAUCUUCUCAAUUGCAAUCCACUGACUUAAUGUAGAAAAAAUGUGUUAGCCACAUGACAAGAACAAGAUACCAAUCUUCAGUAUUCACUGUCUAUGUUUGAACAGAAAGAAUGACUAAUGCUAAGUUUGCACAUCCUAGAAAAAAAAUCCAGUCUUUGGGGGUAAGCUGUCAAAUUAUAAAAUGCAGAGUAUCCCAUGUUAAUUUUGAAUGUGUUCAGGUCAUAACAAUAAAAUAGUUUUA